AUGACAUGCCAAUGGGUUAACAAGCCAAAGCUACACAUGCUCCUCCACUUACCCGAAUCCAUUGAAAGAUUUGGGCCAGCCACCCUGUAUGCAACUGAGCGCUUUGAAAGUUUUAAUGGUGUUGUGCGGAAUGCCUCAAUACAUUCUAAUCGUCAUAGUCCUGGAAAAGACAUAGCCACCAGAUUUGUAAAUGAUCAGAUUUUGAGGCUCCUAACUUCAGGUGGCCUACACUGGAACAGCAGGAGCCAAAGAAGAUUUCGUGCGGAUCGCCAGGUUGUAGAUGUCUUCAGAAAUAAUCCACUAAUACAAAAGUCACUUGGAUACAAUCAUCUACUUGUGACCCAGCAGCAACAACGGCCUUCCAUUGUACCUACCCCACUCCCCAAAGAACAAAUGGAGAGAGUGCCUGACAUUUUGCUGAGAAGGUUCUCACAUCACGUAAUCAAACAAAUUCACCAGUUAAAGUUAUUUGAACAUGAUGUUCUCAAAAAAGAAUAUUUUGUCUUGGUCAAGAUGAAAUCAUCUGGAGACUCCCCUCAAGAGGUUGAACGGGUGGAAUCUAUUUGGUCUGAUAUUGUUGCCUGUCUAAAUGCUCAACACAACUGUCAAUCAGGAAGAUGCCCAGUAGUUCAAGGUCCUAGAAACAAAGGCCAAAAGCCUGAAGGCGCACAAACAACGUAG